CAGCGGCCAGGCGGGCUGCACUCCUGCGCCGUCGAGGCGGGCGGCGGCGCCGUGUGGUGCUGGGGCUGGGGCGCGGCCUGGCGCCGCGACGCGGACGCGAACAGUUCCGCCUCGCCGGUGCAGGUGGCGGGGAUCCAGGACGCCGUGGACGUCGCCUGCGGCUACCAGCACACCUGCGCCAUGGAUCGGUACGGCGCCGCGACGUGCUGGGGCGAGGCGGUCCAGGGGCAGAGCCAGGAGGACCGCGAGAUGUGGGACCAAUUCUUGGCCUGUGGGCUCGGCCUAAGGCAGUGUAUUGGGCCAGGGCGACCAGUGCACGACCUUCCCCUGGGACGGUGUGACUCCUCCUCCUCCUCCAGACUGACGCGGAGGCCGUGGUCAACAGCUUCUGGCCCUCGCCGUUCGGCGCGGCGUGGUGAUGCCUGGCGGGCCGUGGUGCUGUUUGCGCCGUGGCGCGGCAUCUCCAGAA